UUACACGGCGCUACAGAAGGAACGGGAACGCUCUGUGUUUUAUCCACCGCGUAAACAAACUCAGCAAACCAGCGACCUACGAUGGUGGCGUCUAAAAAAUCGUUCGUAAUAGGCGACCUGGUGUUUGCCAAAGUAAAGGGCUACGCAUCGUGGCCAGCGAAGAUUACGGCCGUCGAAAAGACUAAAUACAAAGUCUACUUUUACGGAACGGGAGAAACUGGAAACGUCAAACCGGAGGACAUGUUUCCGUACGAAUCGUCGAAGGAAAAAUUUGCGACGGAGAAAUUUAUGAAACGGAAGGGCUUCCGGGAAGCGAUGAUACAGAUUGAAUCCGCCAUCAACGGUGAUGAUCCAAGCCCCGUAAGUCUUGCGUAUGACGUAGCGGCGGUACAGUCGGGAAUGGAUGAUAUGAUGGAAACAUCACAUCAAACGUCAACUUCCGCUGCUGAGACCACCUUCAACGAGUCCCACGUGUCGGCCAAUUCAACCGCGUACAACAUUAGCAAGGUUAAGCUGGAAAAGUACGAAGACGAAAAUGCUACCACCCCACAGGCUGCCGCCGUAGCACAAAAAAAGAAAGCGAACGCAAAAGCGAGUUCCGCUACCAAGCAAUCGGCGGCCACCGCAGCCCUUACAUCCGCUACCAACAAUGGAGCACAAAAGAAGGUGCUUGAGGUGCAAGCUACUACACCGCAGGAUAAUGCUAGUGGCGGCGGGACCGAUACGAAGGUCAGCCAACGAGGUCGAAAAAUAAAGCAAAAGCGUAUCCUGGAUGUUGGAGAACAGGAGGAGGAAGAAGGUUCGAUGACAGCCAGUUCACCACCACCGAAGAAGAAGCAAGCGAAGGCUAAACCGGUUACACCUGCUGCGCCCCAAAAACCGGACCCUUUCGAAAAAAUUGCUGACGAGCGACUGUUUGUGCUGAAGUUGGAACGACAGCUAGUGGAGCUGAAUCUGGACAUAAAAUCAUCGGUCAAGCUGAACGGCGCUGAUCCGGAACGAUGCGUCAAGCUGAUGGAACAGUAUGAAAAUCUGAGCGUUACUUCAACGAUCCUGAAGAAAAAUCCCAACUGCGUGGAAACGAUGAAAAGGUUACGGAAGUACGUGGGCAACGCCAAGGCAUGGAAGCUGGACGAUAAGCAAAAGCUGAAGUUUGAUUUCCAGGCACAGCAGAUACGGCAAAAGGCAGAACAGAUCUAUUCGCGCUUUAAGGAUAUUCUGGGAAUGGCAGACAGUGAGAAGCCUUUCUGGGAUUGGUUCGUACAGGAGGUGACCAAGUUCGAGCAAGCCACACAGCAUCUCUCCCAAGAGGAACUGUAUCUGCUUGUGGAUGAAAAAGAACUGGAAUCGAUCAACAAGCAAAACAGCAACACCGAUACGACCAAUGACACGACGACCAACGCGAAAGACGACCAAUCAAACAAGGCAACUAACGAUACGGCAACGGAGGAAACCGAAGGCGGUGCGGACGAAGGUUUUGAUCCGGAGGGUACCGGAGCACCUGAGGAAGAAAGUACGACACAUCUGGACGAAUAG